ACCGGAAUCCUAUCUUAUCUACACUCAACGUCUAGGGUCCUCUUUUCGAGAAUCGCACCCCUGAUCGACUCGCCUUUCGCGAUAGUGAUUUCAAAGCUGUUCAACAUACUUUUUGCCAAUGCUGUUCGGGCUAACAAGUGAGUCCGAAUGGCUUUUGCACAAGCAUGACCUCAUAACAAAUCGCAGAUCUUUUGGAUAUGCGAGAAAAGUCGCAGAUUAAUAAAUAUCGAGUCGGUACGUACUAUCUAUGCGACAUGCGAAUCGUGCAGUAUGAGAUUCAAAACAAAAGGCAGUUCGACAAAAGUGCGCUUGGUAGUAAAGGCAAAAUUAAUAUCCAUAUCAUAAUCAUUUCUUAUUCACAGCAAUGGACAUGGGAUAUCAGAACGUUGUUCAGCUUUAUAUGCCUGAAAAAUUAGAAAAUAAUUCUGUUUAUAAUGAAAGACUGCGGUUCCACGUACGAGACGAUCCAUUUGAAUUGUCGGAACUACAAUUUACUAAGCUCUUCCGAUUGAAGAAAGAAACAGCUCACAGAGUCAUAGAUAUUGAAGAAGAAUAUUCAUUAGGACCAUCAAAAACUUCAGCUUUGGACGCAAGCGUACGAGUAAAUUUGAACUUAAUCUGACGGUUGCGUUGAAAACCCAGUUAUUUCGAAUUCUGCUUAGCGAACCCUAACUCUCGAGUUUUGCUUGGAGGAACGGCCGUUUCGAAAUCAUAGCCGGUUUUCACACAGAAUAUUUCAAUAUUACAAUCAGCGCAUUCGAGCUAGACAAAUUAUAUUCCAGUAUAUGUUUAUUGCCCUCCGGUUACAAAUCAAACACAAAACAGAAAUACAAACAUACUGAUGAAUAUAGGAACAGUCACCUUGAAACAUAAUAUGAUUCCACUACAAGUCAUCGCAGCAUUAUACUUUAUCGGAUCAGGUAGCUAUCAGAAUUGCAUUGCAGGGAAUACUACCGUUGCUAUGAGUCAAACAUCGAUCAGCGGAUGUAUUCGCAAUGUUAAGAAUAUUCUGAGUUCACCAAAAGUGUUUGAUACUUGGGUACGCUUCAUUCUUAAUAAUAUGGAGAAGCUUCAACAACUACCUAACAAAUUUUGGGUGGAGAAGCAGUUUCCUGGUGCAAUUGGUUGUAUAGAUUGUACUCACGUAGCGAUAUUACCACCUCCAAAAGAAGAUGAAAAUUAUCCUGAACAUAUCGAUGUCAAUAGAAAAGCACAUCAUUCCAUUAACGUACAAUUAGUAAAAAUGUAAUGAAAUCUCAUCAGGCGUUAGUACUGAUGAAACAACUGUAAUUCAAUCUCUAGAUUUGUGAUACUGAACUUAGAAUUUUAAACGUCGAUUCUCGAUACCCUGGAAGUACUCGUGAUUCCUACAUUUGGAAUAACACUAAUGUGAUUCCCAUAAUGCAAGAAAUUUAUAAUCGUAGGCACCAUUAUUUCUUGCUAGGUAAUACAUGCAAUACGCGAUAUCCAAAAUCAUAAUUAAGUAUGUUUCGCAACACUCCAUUUGUGUUAACAAUAGGUGAUUCUGGCUACGCGUUAAGACCGUGGAUGACAAAACUAACCGUGACUUUGAAACCUCAAGGUGUGGCACACCAAGGAUUAUAUACCAGGAAUUCAUGUUUUCAGAUAUGGAAUUUGCAACAAAGCUGCUGCGCCAUGCGAAAUUGAGUCACGCUGCGAGUUCCAAAAGUAAAUAGUGAAGUACUAUACUGUCAAAAUAAUCCAAACGUAUUUUUAUUUCAGAUAAACACAGUAUUCUUUUUUCUUAGUAGCUUCUAAUACACAUCACCAUCAACAACAACAGCAAUACCAAUUACCACUGCCGCUACAACAGCAAUAUCAACUACCACUACCGUUACAAAAACAACCACAGCUACAAC